UCGCCGCUCCACAGCUCCGAUCCGCAAUACGGCCUUCUCAACGUAAACACUGUGAUAGACCGAACUCCGCAGGCUUCAAACGGACUCAACCUCUUUUUCCUUGUUCAUCUUACGAGAGGUCGAGGCGCUCCAAAACAACCCAGGCUACACUAUCCAGCGUUCAUCGGUAUCUUUCAGGAACAGAGGGACUUCUUGGCCGCCGUCGCUAUUGUGGAUCAGGGUGACCGACGGACGACCUGACCUUGGAAGCUUCUGGGAAGACGUAGUAAGCGCCGGGAGUAUCUCAUUCGCCAUUGAAGGUGGAAGGAAGAGGGAAUCCUGCUAAGAAGAUGGAGGAUCAAGGAGUGCCGCCAACGGAUGCGAACAAGCCGAUCGAGGUUCCUCCAGGGCCUCCUGGAAAGGGGAAACCUAGACUUCUCCUGAUGGGUCAAAGAAGGAGUGGCAAGUCUUCAAUAUCGAGCGUUGUUUUCCACAAGCUACCUCCCAACGAGACAUUGUUUCUGGAGUCGACGGCUCGUAUCCAGAAAGAUUCCAUGGCGUCUUUCAUGGACUACCAAGUGUGGGAUUUCCCCGGCCAGAUCGACUUCUUCGAGAACCCAAACUUCGACAUGGAUGCCAUCUUUGGCGAGAUCGGCGCCCUCAUCUGGGUCAUCGACGCUCAGGACGACUACCUUGAGGCCGUCGCGCGCCUCAACGCCACAGUCCUCAACCUGCAGCGCUUCUACCCAAACAUCAACAUCGAGGUCUUCAUCCAUAAGGUCGACGGCCUUUCGGACGACUACAAGCUCGACAUUCAGCGCGACAUCACCAUCCGCAUCCAGGACGAGCUCUCGGACCACGGCUUCGAGAAUGCCCCAGUCACCUUCCACCUGACGUCCAUCUACAACCAUUCCAUUUUCGAGGCCUUCUCCAAGGUCAUCCAGAAGCUCAUCCCCCAGCUCGGCACCCUUGAAGCCAUGCUCACCAACCUGUGCCGCACGUGCCGCUUUGAGAAGGCCUACCUCUUCGACGUGCUCUCCAAGAUAUAUAUCGCCACCGACUCGGCCACGGCUGACAUGGCCUCAUACGAGAUCUGCUCCGACUACAUCGACGUCAUCAUCGAUAUUACCGAGGUGUACGGCUCCUGGCCCCGAUCCGACAGCCAGCGCAAGCGCCUCGAGGCCGAGCCGUGGAACGCAAAGGUCGAGGACCAGGUCGCCUGCAACUGGGCCGAGAGCUGCAUGGUCCUGCACGACUCGCAGCGGCCCAUCAUGCUGCGUGAGGUUGACCGCUACCUCGCCCUCGUGGCCAUUAUGAAGGAGGACUCGUAUGACCGCAUGCCGCUUGUCAACAUGAACGUCGAGGCCGUUGUGCAGGGCGUCACCGAGUUCUUUGAGAUUACAAAGUCGAGGAAGUGAGAGGACGAGCGUGGAUGGGUUUUGGGGAGCGUAGGCAUCAGCAGCAACCCGUAAACAGAAGACUUUUCACAUGUUCGGGCUCGUGCUACACAACAAGUUCUGUUUU